AGCCACUGGGUGAACAUGGACAUCAUGAUCAAAGCUCUCCACUCUCGAGGACACUCUGUUGAUGUGGUGCGAACAAAUCAAAGUUGGUACAUCCAGGAUGACUCUCCGCACUACAAGACAAUCACAGUUCCUGUCACUGAAGCCUUUAAUCAUGACUUCAUUAACCCGAUCCUGAAAAAGAUCAUUGACAUAGAAAGGGGGGAGAGCUCAGUUUUGAGCUUUGCAAGUUUGCAGGCUGAGAUGUUUACUGCGAUGUUUGACAUGCAUAGAAUAAUGUGCAAAAUGGCUACUAACAUGUUUGAAGAUAAAGACUUAAUGAAUAGAUUAAAGGACAGAGAGUAUGACCUGGUCCUAACAGAUCCAGCGUGGGGUGCUGGUAUAAUGUUGGCUCAUGCUCUUAAGCUGCCUCUGGUCUAUAAUGUGCGGUGGAUAACUAGCGGAGAGGGACAUAUGGCCAUUGCACCUUCCCCUUUAUCUUAUAUCCCAUUGACCGGCUCAGGACUGUCGGACAAAAUGACGUUCAUACAAAGAGUCAAAAAUCACCUUUUCUCUGUCAUUUGGCAAGCUCAGGACAGAUUUUUGAUCCGUCCACAGUAUCAAGCUGUUUGUGACCAGUUCUUCGGCCCAGAGGUCAGAUAUAAUUACUUAUUGCAGGGAGCAGACCUGUGGCUGAUGAGAGUGGACUUUGUGUUUGAGUUCCCUCGUCCCACCAUGCCUAAUGUUGUUUAUAUUGGUGGGUUCCAGUGUAAACCAGCAAAACCUCUUCCUGAACACCUGGAGGAGUUCGUGCAGAGCUCUGGAGAGCACGGAGUCAUCAUCAUGUCUAUGGGGACUUUUGUGAGUGAGCUUCCUGUUGAUAUAACAAAUGAAAUCGCUUCAGCUUUUGCUAAACUACCGCAGAAAGUCAUCUGGAGGCAUAAAGGUGACAGGCCAGCCACUCUGGGCAACAACACUAUGAUAGUAGACUGGAUGCCACAGAAUGACCUUUUAGGACAUCCCAAGAUGAAACUGUUUGUGGCUCAUGGAGGAACAAACGGAGUUCAAGAAGCUAUUUAUCAUGGAGUCCCGGUUGUGGGUCUACCGGUGUUUUUCGACCAAUACGACAACCUGCUGCGUCUGCAAGAGAGAGGCGCGGCUAUGAUUCUUACAUUAGCAACAGUGGAUAAAAACAACAACUUCCUGAAGGCCAUACAGGAAGUGCUGAAUGAGCCCUCUUACAGGAUGAACAUGCAGAGGCUCUCCAGGCUGCACAGAGAUCAGCCAAUAGCCCCGCUGGAUAACGCCCUCUUCUGGAUAGAGUUUGUCAUGAGACACAAAGGUGCAGCUCACCUGAGAACAGAGUCCUACAGAAUGCCCUGGUACUCCUACUACUCUGUUGAUGUUGUUCUGUCCUGUCUGGCUACUGUUGCAGCGAUUGCUUUUCUCCCUCUUGUGUUUUUCAGAUAUGUGUGUUUUGAGAAAUGCUUGAAAAGAAAAACAAAUAAAAAAUGA